AUGUCCGGGGCCCGCUGCCGGACCCUGUACCCCUUCUCCGGGGAGCGGCACGGCCAGGGGCUGCGCUUCACCGCGGGGGAGCUACUCACGCUGCUGCAGGUCCCGGACGGCGGCUGGUGGGAAGGCGAGAAGGAGGACGGGCUCCGCGGCUGGUUCCCGGCCAGCUACGUGCAGUUGCUGGAGAAGCCUGGAAUGGUUCCCCCUCCGCCCGGAGAGGAAAGACAGAUAGCCGUGCUGCCCCCUGGCUGGCAAAGCUACUUGUCCCCGCAGGGCCGGCGUUACUAUGUCAACACCACAACCAAUGGACCCCACAGCCACGCAGGCCUCCUCACUGAGCCUAGUCUCCUGGUCUGGGGCAGUGCCUUCUACACGGGCAUCACGAAGUUCCUGUCCUCCGAGGCUGACUGCCUCCAAACCCAGUCGCUCAAGAAGCAAGCAGCCUCCCAGGAAGACUGUCACUGUGUUUCUGUCCCCACAGUGAAUGGAUACCACGCAUCAGGGACUCCAGCGCACCCUUCAGAGACUGCCCACAUGAGUCUCCGAAAAUCCACAGGUGAUUCCCAGAACCUGGGAUCCUCAUCACCAGGCAAGAAGCAGAGCAAGGACAGCAUCAUCACGAUAAACUGUGUGACCUUCCCCCACCCAGACACCAUGCCAGAGCAGCAGCUGCUGAAACCCACUGAGUGGAGCUACUGUGACUACUUCUGGGCAGAUAAGAAGGACCCCCAGGGCAACGGAACUGUGGCUGGGUUUGAACUGCUGCUGCAGAAGCAACUGAAGGGCAAGCAGAUGCAGAAGGAAAUGUCCGAAUUCAUCCGGGAGAGGAUAAAGAUUGAAGAGGAGUAUGCAAAGAACUUAGCUAAGCUCUCUCAGAACUCCUUGGCGGCCCAGGAAGAAGGCUCCCUGGGGGAAGCGUGGGCCCAGGUGAAGAAGAGCCUUGCAGAUGAGGCUGAAGUUCAUCUCAAGUUUUCAGCCAAGCUCCACAGCGAGGUAGAGAAACCCCUGAUGAACUUCCGAGAAAACUUCAAGAAAGACAUGAAAAAAUGUGACCACCACAUUGCGGACCUCCGCAAGCAGCUGGCCAGCCGCUACGCCUCUGUGGAGAAGGCGCGCAAGUCCCUCACCGAGCGGCAGAGAGACCUGGAGAUGAAAACCCAGCAGCUGGAGAUCAAGCUCAGCAACAAGACGGAGGAGGAUAUCAAGAAGGCACGGCGGAAGUCCACGCAGGCUGGCGAUGACCUCAUGCGCUGUGUGGACCUCUACAACCAGGCCCAGUCCAAGUGGUUUGAAGAGAUGGUGACCACCACCUUGGAGCUGGAGCGGCUGGAGGUGGAGAGGGUCGAGAUGAUUCGGCAACACCUGUGUCAGUACACUCAGCUGCGUCACGAGACGGACAUGUUCAACCAAAGUACAGUCGAGCCUGUGGACCAACUGCUUCGCAAAGUGGACCCAGCCAAAGACAGGGAGCUGUGGGUCAGAGAGAACAAGACCGGCAACAUCCGCCCCGUGGACAUGGAGAUCUAGGGGGCGGGGGUCCCACGGGGCCUGCUGCUGACGGGGCUGCCAGCCCCCUCCCCCUUGUCCAGGUCCCUGCUGAGGAGGGGAGCGUGUGUACUGCAGACGGUUAUUGCAGAGGGGUAACCACCUGGACUUGGACUUCCAGCUCCCCAGGAGUCCCAGGCCCACAGCCCAGCCCUUGUCUGCAAGGCUGAAGCCCACCCCUGCUCGCCACCUCCUGUGUGUUUGCUGCUCUGAGAACGUCGUGGUCCCUGCUGAGCUCAGUGGGAUGGCCGCCUGUCUCCCAGGCUUGCGCCCCUGGACGCCUACGACCGAUCAUCCCAUGCGCUUCGCAGCACCAGGGAUGGAGGUUUCGAUCUCCAAGCCAGUCAUCGGGGUCGAAUUGUGGGUCCAAAGCACCGCCCACCAGCCCACUCCAGAAUCCUUUGCAGUGCCCCACCCCCUGGCAUCGUAGUGCUUUCCCAUCUGAGACCAACCCGCAUCCUAGCUUUCCUCUGCUGCCACCAGGAAUCUUGGGGAGAAGGUUUGGGCUCCUGUCCUGAUGGGUGAGCCCUGGAGCAUUCAAGAUGGACCUACCUCAUCCUGCAAAUCAGCCCACCUCUCCAUUUUCCACUCGCUCAGACGUUCCUGGUGACAACGACUCCCGAAACCCCACCCCACCCCUCUCUGUUGGCUGCUGCCUUCCCCACCCCUGUCCAGUGUCUGCAGAGGAAGCUCUGGGUAGAUGGCGAACUGGUCUGGCUGAGGAGGGUCCAAAGGAGGAGCGAGUGGAGUCUCGGCGGCCAGUACUGCAGCAGGACCGCUGGAGCCUGCGUGGCAACCAGGGUGCUUGGCUAUGGCCAUCCCAGCUCCUGCCCCGCACCGGGCUCAUCAUGGGACAAGGCCCUAUUUUGAGGGAGUUGAGCCAAGAGGAGCCUUCAGCAGCUUCUAGAUGGCUUGCACUGCUUGGGCAUGGCUGGGCUAGGUAACACUGUUUCCCAUGAGGAGGUGGGGGGGUUAGAUGGUGGGCACCAUACGACAUUGCCAAUUCUCUGUGGGCUGCGUUCGUGAGGCUGUAACCUGCCUGACAGUGGAUGCCAUCCUGCCCUCUGGUUUCCUUCUGCACCUCCCAGGUUCUCACACCUGUUGCUGACCCCCGUCCCCCACCCCCCUGCCAUCUUCCAGCUUCUAGAAAAGCCUGUGGCAUCGGAAGCGGUCAGUGCUGCCCUCAGACUGUUGCUCACCAUUCUUUCCCUGUCACAAUCCUGGCAGACACGUCUGCACCCUAUUAAUCCAGAGAAGUGAAGCCACCUGAUGAGGUCACAUAAUGGGUGUUCAGACCCAAAGUCCUGAAAAGUCACUUCAUCCAAACAUUCCCAUCUUCUCCAUUAAAGAGACGGCAGCCAGCCAUCUAACCCUCUGGGCAGAUGCCCAAGGGCCCAAAUCAGUGGCAUUGCUCUCAGUCCAUAUGAGUUUCCUUGAUGAUCUAUAUCAAGUCUUUCAUUCAUUGAGAACAGAGCUGCCCUCCCGUCAUUUCUAUUGGAGAAGGGUCUAGCACACUCAAGUUAACCCCAAGCUCUGCUCUUCCCUUAGUAAAGCAUCCCCGCCUUUGGGAAGGCGUUGGUCAACACGGAGGUCACCCGAGGGAGCGGUCCACAGGAUGGAGGCCAUAGCUAGGUUUGGGCCUUGUCACCAGCUGUCACUUUGGGCAAAAGUCUCUCUUACUUCCCACCUCCAAAGUGGGUACUAGUCCUGAACGACUUUGUGGAUGGUCCCGCACCACCCAAAGCCAGCGGCUCUGGGAGUGAUCCAGAUAGUCUAACCUUGGCUUCUCGCCCCCCUCUGAGGCUUCUGCUCCCCAAUGUGUCAAGAGGAGGAAUGGGGAGCACUCACGCUUCUCUCUCCAGUCUCUUCCCCAGGGAUGUCUCCCCCGCCCUUUCCCUCUGGCACCUGUAGCCUCUUCUUGGACCCCUUUUGCAGGGUGCUGAGGUCUGGGCACAGAGUCAGCCCUGUCUUCAGGGAAGCUUGCGUUCUCUUGCUUUGUGUAGCUGCCUCUCCAGGGAUCGGGUGGCUCCAGGGAUUCAGGUUCUCUCUGCAGAAUCCAGGGUCUCAGAGACCCCCUCCAUCAUGCUAAUGCGCCUGUACAUCCAGUCCCUCACUUGCUUAUUCAGCAGAUACUUGGGGCAGCGCGGAGUACUGAGAAUAUAAUUGCGUGCAUGUCAGACCAGCUGCCCUGCCUCUCUCUUCUCCGGGGCACAAGGGGACUGCCUGCUUAGAUCUUUAUGUAAAAGAACAACCCUGCACCCAAUGUACCUGUCACCCCACUAGGCUCCCUCACUAUGAAAGAAGCCAGGGCUGCUGAAACUGUUUCUACUCACAAGAUGGGCAUGCGAUGCCAGAAACACCUCAGGUUCGUGAUGCAGGUGACCUGAAUUCAUUUCUGGUGGUUGCCUGUUCCAAAACCUUUAUUGUCACCAAUUUUUUCACACACGCACACACACCCAUUCAGUGACACAGCUCCAUGGGGGGGUCAUGACCCACAGUUUUAGGAAGCUAAGAUAUAACCCACUGCCGUGAGGCCUGUACCCCUGUGGCUGAAGGGGUGCUUGCUCUCAUCUUACCCCCAUAGCCCUCCCCAUCGGCACCAGAGCCCCCCACCCCCUGCAGCUCAAUUGCAAAAUUCCAUUUAAAAAAUUUUUCUUACACUCCCCACUUGCAAAGAAGAGUAGUGAAAUGCAAGUAGGUGAGAUGGCAGUGAAUUCAUAACUCUGGCCAAGCCCACCGUUCUCCUGGAGGGAAACCCAACGUGGCAUGAAGUCUAGAAGCUCUGAGCACACAUGGGGGGGAAGUACACACAAUAGCUUAGUGGGGGUGGUUCCUGUGCUUCCGUGGAUUCUUCAGGGAGGGGUGGUUUGCUGGGUUUGUUCAAAAGUAGGUGAGUCAGGGUUCUUCCUGGGAACGGGCCAGCUGCUGCCGCCUGCUCCUUCCUACCUGGGAGACAUGGUUGUCUUUAGUUUUGUGAGACCCUACCUUCAAGGGGAGGAGGGUGGGGGUCUCCACAGCUAAUGCUGGCCCAGGUGAGUUUCCACAACAACCUGCCGGAGAAGCCACCUGCUGCCCUCCGAUGUUUCAAGGGCGCGCGGCGGUCAGUAUUGGAACUUGCCAGUACGGUGACCCACCGCUGGAAGGACUCAGGCAUGCCCUGAGGGCCUGUAAAAUGGCAUUGCCUGGGGACCAACCUCCCUCCUGCCGCCAUGGAUGGCUUUCUGCAGUGGGAAGCAAGGUCAAAUUCACGGGGACUGGUUCUUAGCUGAACCAAGAAGAAACGAUGUGCAUUUCACCAACUAGCCAGUUCACUUUUAUUCCCAGUGUGCAGAAUACUCAAUGGCCUGGUGCAUACAAGUGCUGGGCUGGGUCAGAGGCCCUUCUGGUAAAGCUCAGAGGCGGCCACAGACGGGGCUCAUUUGGGUGGGCUCACUUCCAGCGGUGUUUGCCCUUGAUCCACAGCACCAUCAAGUCGAUGCUGACUCACAGUGAACAUAUAGGACAGGUGAGAGUUGCCCCUGUGGGUUUCUGUGAGAGUAGAAAGCCGCCUCAUUCUCCUGCAGAGCAGCUGGGGGUUUCAAACCGCUGGCCUUUUGCCUCGCAGCCGAAUGGGAUUCUCAAGGCCUAUUCCCUGUGUGGGGCAAGAAAGCCCUUCAGUGUUACACCAGCAGCUGCAGCGUCCUUCCCUCAUCCCAGCCCCAUAGGCCUCCCUGUCUGCACAAGGCCCACUGACCUCCCGCCCCAGGUAUGCUGAGGUCACCCGUCCAUUAAAACCCACCUGCAGCAUAUUCAAGCCAAAUCCCAUUACCGCCGAGUGCAUUCUAACUCCUGCCACCUGGUAGGUGGCAGCAUAACUUCUCCAUGGGGUCUUGGCCGUAACUACAGAAGCAAAUUGGCCAGGCCCCUUUUCUGCGCACUGGGUGAGUUCCAACAACCACUUUGAGCUAAGUCAUUGGUGCCGCCCAGGCAGAUGCUUGUGAACGUUGACAGUCUUGAGACCCCUCUGGUCCCUCCAAACCAUGUCGGGGUGUCCAUUUGUGGCCAGACUCCUCCCAGCCCGGGCCCCUGGCAAGCAGUCAUGAAAUGGUUUUCUGACCUCCUCUCCCCGUAGAGGUUGGUUGGUUUGAGGAUGUCAGCGCCACGGCAUCACACUGAUGAAGGCGCGCUGUUUUCACGCGGCUCACGGCUCUUGAGUCUCCCCUGUGCACACCUCGCUUCAAUUGUCAUAAAACAUUGGCAUUGAGGCAACUGCCACCUGUGUGACACCGGGUAUCCAACUCAAACUGUGCUCCUUUUGAGUUUUCAGUAACUGGGGAAGCAGAUAGACAGGCCUUCUCUUCUGCAGCGCCUCUGGGUAGACUCAGUCCAACAACCCUCCACUUGGCAGGAGAAUGCGGCCGUCAUCUACACCACCCGGACGAUUCUUCCUUUACGUUGGUGAGCAGCAGUCCGUUGCGUGGUAGGCCACACUGCUUCCAUGUGUUUGGAAGGAAUGCUGUGGACGGUUCUGGCCCAGAGUCUUCGGCUUGUUUGCACCACCCCCUGCCACCUGCUACCCCCUGAUUGCCUCCAGGAAUCCCGCUCCAAUGCCAGCUAUGCCCACCCACCACUCUUGGGCUCAGAUUGCUCUUCGGUCCAUUUUAGGUUCUUGACAGUGCAGGGUGCUGACAGGCCGUGGAAAUGGGUCUGGGAACUCGGUCCUCUCCCACCUCUUGCAGCAACCUGAAAUGUGCAUCUUAGCAAGCAAACCCCUUACCUUCCUGUGGGGCUCACUCCAACCAGCACCAGCCUUGACCUUGUAUCUGGGUCUGUGAGGCAGGUGGCAGUUGCCUGGCCUCUGUACUGCUUGUGACUUUUUUCGGAUUGCUGUUACUUCACCCCACAAAAGCAUGGGUUCUAAAGGGCUUGUCAGGCUGCCUCCAGCUACCUGCUCUGCCUUGUCCCCUUCAGUGAUGCAGCCUAUAUAUGCGACACCAAAUCUAGGUCCCGUCUGCUCCUCUCUCUACCUUGCACAGUGUGCGUACCCCAAACCCACUGUCAAUCUGUUCGAUUCCAACUCAAAGUCUGUAUGGGAUUUCUGGGGCUGUUAGUGUUUCCAGGGAUCGAUUGCCUCAUCUUGUGUCUGCAGAGCAGCCGGUGGUGGGUUUGAACCACUGCCCUGGUGGGUGAGCAGCUCAGUGUUUCUCCUGCAGUGACACCAGGGCUGUUCACCAUGUGCCCAGAGCGCCAUAAAAUCCAUCCCUGGGGUAGGGGUGCCCAGAUGGAGGGAGGGAAUCCCAGAUGCUGUUCUGAGUUAGUUCCUUCUUGGAACCCCAGAUUGAAAGUCGUGGUCUCCCAAGCCCAAGGAUCUCAGACACGCACCCCUCAGGCUUGAAGAUCGCACUUCUUGUCACUGCUAGACUAAUGCCCUCGCCUGCUCCGGGCCACCGUGGUUGGUGGCAGAGAUACAACCAGGCUCUGAUAAAGCCAGAUGAUGCUGGGCUAGGGGCUUAUUCCUCACCUGACCACACCCCAAGCCAUGUCUUCAUGGUGAGCUGCCUAGAGGAAAGUGAGCCCGGGAAGUCAACCAAGGCCCUCGCCACAUGAGCUCAAGACACUCUUGAACCCAGGCCUGGUAGAGAUCAUGGCCAGGAGAUCAGAGUCCACAGGGUCUCAAGGUGGGACACGAAGCCUCGAUGCGGUAGGGCCCCUCCUGGUUGGAGACUGGCCAGGCAGAGCCCUCUGCAUUCAAAAGAGUCUUGUUGCUGUCGGAUUCCUGAAGGGGAUGGGCCCAGCCCUUUGUUGCAGCGUAUUUGGGGGAGGUGGGGGGAGCAAAUAGGGAAGACAGGUCCAUGCUGUGUCCUCCUGUCCCUCUAGAAGCUGGGGGAACCGCUUCAUCAAGUGGGUUUGGGCUAAGGGUGUGAUUGUCCCUGGACUCCUCAUCUUUGUGUGUCGGGGAUCAAGGCCAUCAACAUUUUGUAUCAAGGUCGAGACAGAGGUGUCCGAGGUCCUGGUCCAUGGGUGGGACAUGGACAGAGAAGAAAAGCACACAGCCCCAUAGGAAGUGCCCUGGCCUGGAAGUGUGAAGGCCACCUCCUGGCCCUGCUCAGCUGCCUCAUUUGAAACACGCACCUGAAGUUAAGUCCUGUCCUUCCCUGGAUCUCUGUGGCUGCCUCAAUCACAGGUCAACCCUCCCCUGCAGGUUCUGCUGACAGCGGCAGGGCCUUGGAGACAGGCCUCCCCAUAGCUGUACAAAUCAAAGGACACACAGGAGGAACAGCAACCAUUCUUGGGGACAAAGGGGCUCCCGUCUGCAUCUCUUCCCUCCCGAAGGAGAUGGUGGUCACAAGACCAAACACAAACACAAGCACAUCAGCAAACUCUAUUAAAGUGGAAUUUUCUAACAAAGUAAACUUUGCUUGUUUGGUCUGUUUUCCAUAACUUUUGCUAAAUACUUUAUACAUUUUUAAUGGUUAAAUAGCCAUGUCUCCUUGCCAGCAUUCCUUCUCCCUGUACAAAUGUGUUUACUCCACAUGGUGGACCCUUCCAUCCUCUGGCUGCCUCGGUCAGUAAGUAUCAGUAAAUAAGAAAUGGAUGUGACAUAAUUUAUAAAUUACACUGUUAAAACUUGGAUCCCUAUGGAGGCUGUAACCCAUCCCUCCCCCCUUCCCCUCCUAACAGCAUUUGUGUGUAUUGAUGCUAAAGAAUGAAGUGUGUAAAGGGUUUCCAUUUGGAAGGCGUUGGCUCUGUAUGAUUGUUCUGCGUUCUUAUAAAGCGUUAUCAGGAA